CCAGGCUUUGCUUCCAGUUUCGCCUGGGAUUCGCGAAUACCGCGCACGCAACUCCCCAGUUUCAAUCUAGGAAUUAUCAUUACAUACAAUAAUAAUAAAAUAAAUAAUAAAUACACCCCGACGAUGGUCAAAUAACGCAUCGAAGAUGCAAUCACCGAUCGAGAAAUAACCGAGUUAAUAUUGAAUCUCUUGCGGUUGGGAUGCGACCCGUUACACAGUUUGAUGAAACGUAGUAGUAAAGUAGAAUAUGCACAAGAUAACCAAGGGUUUGAAAAAGAAGAAAAAAGGGAAGAAAUCGAAACACAAAGAGGACGAACUAUUUAAGCCGGAGGAGUUAGAGGCGUACAGGAGGGAACACCAAGAAGCGGCCGAGAAUACAGCAGGCACAGCGGCCGAAAACGAGGAGUGGAAGAAAUUCAAAGCUCUCACAUCGGGCGUCGAUGAUAUCUUGAAGAAGACCCAAGGAGACUUAGAUCGGAUCAAGAGCACAUCGUUCUUCCAGCGAGUGGUGCCUCCUAGUGAACUCAAGAAGGAGCAGGAGAAACGCGAGGUAGCCCAGAAAGCCGAGAUCGUAGUCGAGCAGAAGAAGGAACUCUCCGUGACCGAAGCUGCAAUCGUCGAAGUUUCUGAUUCCGAGAGUGAGGACGAAGACGAGGAUGACAUCUUCGAUACCACCUACAUAGAUGCCUUAGCCGCAGCAGAGGUUAAGUUAGCCUACAUUCCAGAAUCUCCAACUGGACAAUUGGACGGGGAUGACCCAUUCGAUACUUCUUACGCGGAGAAGGCAAUCCUAGGACCGGCAGCCGAUAAAACCGGAAAGAAAUUGGUUCCAAUUGGAUCGGCCGUCGAGAUCUUGACAGGGCGUGUCCAGGCUCCAACUUGCAGCUCGAUCGCCAGACCGGCUUCAAACAGAAGGCAGAUCCUUAAAGAACGCGAUUUACUUUUAGAGAGUUUCGAUGUUCCGAGCAGACCACUUCAAGAGACUGUAUUAGAAACAGCGCAACCCAGUCUAUUGGACGAUCACGCUCCAUCUGAACUAAGCAACGAGCCUAUUGAUCUGAGCAAAAGCUUGGCUCCGAUCGAGGCCACCAGUUACACUUCGCAAAGUUCAGAGAAUCAGACCAUCGAUAUUUUGCAAGAAUUCGAUGUGAUCGGUCAUAGUCACGCAGUAGAAGAAGAAGACGAGGAUGACAAAGAAUUCGCUUUACUAGCAGCCGAAAGCGUCUCUAAAGCUCCAAGUACUCUCGCUAAUCCCAUUCAACCGAGCAGCGGCUCAAACAGUCAAUCAACUUGGAAUGCAUUCGGAGAAGAGAAAAGCGAGACUUCAAACGUAGAUGUGGAAGUAGAUCCAUUUGAUACGACGUUCGCUGAAAACAUUUUGCCCGGACAGGCGGAAUUGAAACUCAUCGAACGGGAAAUCUUAAACUCCACUGACGACUUUGAUUUUAAUCCGAGAGCAGAGGAGACGUAUUCCGAAUUGAUCAGAAGCAAGGUGCAAAUACAGUUGAUCAAUCCUAGUGGACAAAGAGAGUCUAUAUCAUCUCUUGUAUCUGAAGACGAUUUGAAUAUCAUUAAGCCAGCUCAUAGGGAUUUGCUGGGUGGGAGCACAACAGAUUUAUCCAACUUGGGCGAUAAACCUCUGCAACCAAAAGAGAAUGAUAUCGAUGAUGAUUAUAUAGAAUACGCAGAUCCGUUCGAUACGUCUGUGGUGGACACAGCUACACUACCGGGACAAACAGAAUUGAAGUUCUUGGAAAGGGAAUUGUUGGGUGAAAUAAACAAGGUUCAGUUGAGCGACGACGAGGACUUCGAUCCUAGAGCGUCGGAGGAAAGGGAAAUCAGCGUAGAAGAGGUGAUAUAUCAAAGGAAGGUUUCUUUCGAUUUACCACUUGCCGGAAACAAAGUCGAUUUGUUCAGUGUUUUGGAGGAGGAAUCUAAGGUUAGCCAGCCGUUAACGCCGUAUUACGCGCGGGAUAAAUCGAUCCCCACUGACGUGGAUCCAUUCGACACUUCAUUCGUUGGAAAUCCCGCGCCUUCCACCACCGAACUCAGAUUAAUCGAGAACGAGUUGUUCGAGGAGAAGGCCUUUGGCGCUACUAAUAAAGUAACUAAAUCUGAAGAUUUGUUAGAAAUUAGGAGCGAGAUCGCUGCUAAGGUUUUAACUCCGGUCACCGAAAGUUUCGAAGAAGAAUCGGGGGCCGAAGUUGACCCGUUCGAUACGUCGAUUGCUGGUAACUUGUUGCCGGGAAAAACAGAGUUAAAACUUUUGGAAUCAGAGUUGAUCAAUAAUGGUUUUGUAGAGCAGGAGGAAGAUUUCGAUCCGUUUGACACGAGUAUCACGAACGCAGUGAAAUUAUAUUAAAAAAACAUGGAUGUAAAAGGAGCUAACCCGUUCCUCUUCACCGAGGAGGAGUACACUUCUCCCAAUUCCGCAAACUCUAAUCCAUUUUUGACGGGUGCGGAGGAGGUACAAGAGAGCGAGAAUCCAUUUUUGGGAGAAGGAAGCAAUCCAUUUGCUUUUGACCCAACGGAAUACGAACAGCCGGAAGCAAGUGUACUAUCAACACUUCAAGAAACGUUUGGAGCAACCAACACUUUUGUAGACACUACGUCGCAAAUACAAGCUAAUGUCAACAUAUUCAAUACACAGGAUUUCAUCACGAGCAACGUUCCACCACCUCAGAAACCAACGGAUUUGGACUUGAAGUUUACGAAUACCGUUAGUCAAGAUCCUCCUGUUAAUAAUGGCGCGCCAAAGAGGCCUCCGCCGCCGAGGCCACCGCCUUCCAAGGAAACGCAGGAUCUUCUCAUGUCCGUUAUGGGAGAAAUGGAUGCUACGAGCAGCCAUUUACUAGACAGAAUUCCUCCAACUCGAAGCCCGAGUCCUAUUUCUAUGAGAGAUCUGCAUUCGCCUGCUCCGACUCCAGAACCAUUCGGAGACUUUUUAGAUGUUGGCGAUAACAAAGUGCAGGAAGGUGAUCUGCUCGGAUCUCUUUCCCAGGAGAGCGUAUGCGAUAUAAAUAAGAACCACGCGGAGGAAGAAGUCGUCGUACCAAAGAAACCAAGUCCUCCUGCACGACCUCCGAGGCCUCAGCCGCCUCAAAAACCUCCACCACCUCCAGUGAGAGCGCCAUCGCCGAAGCCACAACCUCAACCGGCUCGCGAUGAGAUGCUCGACAUGUUCGGCAUGGAGGCUCCGCAGAUCCAGAAAUCCACAGCCGACAUCAUGAAUCUGUACAACAAAGAAAAUACGCAACAAAUCGAUUUGCUCUCCGACAACAUAGAGAUUCAAGAGCCGGAGACGAUUGAAACUCCCAAAACGGCACAAGAAAACUUCCUUUCCCCGCAGACGGACAUCCAAAUGGAUACAAGCGACAGCCAGAGCAAAGAAUCAAUAUCGAGUAAUACUUUCAAUCCAUUCGCGGCAGUUGACGAGAGCAGUCCCAUCGCGGAAAACUUCCAAAGCGACAAUUUUAAUCAGCAGCAGCAACCUAACAUCUUCUCUACCUUGGACGACGAUUUAGUUGCUGAGCAGCAGCAACAGAAUGAAGCGCUGAUGGACACACCCAAGUCUAGCGGUAACAUCUUCUUGGACGAUUCCGAUGAUAUAUUUCCCAACGCGCAUACUCAGCCAAACGACAAUGCUUUCAGCGAACCUCAAGUUCAACCUGUUACAAAUAUAUUCAGUCAGCCUGCAUUCGAAACUAGCGAGGAUAUAUUUACCCAACCGGCUCAACAAACUAAUGAAGACAUGUUCGGAUAUUCCAAUGCUGAUACGUACACCAAACCAAACGAAAAUAUAUUCAGUCAACCCGACGAAGAUAUAUUCAGCAAACCUGAUGAAGAUGUGUUUAGCAAACCUAAUACAAAUAAUAUAUUUAGUCAAGCUAGUGAUGACGUUUUCGGUGUACCAGUUAUUCAAGCUGAGCCCGUUUUGCAAACUACUACGACAAGCGUCUAUACACAGCCUAUAGUUCAAGAUAUGUUUUCGAAUCCUGCACCUCCAACACAUAACAACGUUUUUGAAAAACCAGCGCAGGAUGAUGUCUUUGACGCUUUCACGGCGAAGUUUGAAUCAGCAAAAGAUGAUAAGGUAGAUGAUCCAUUCGGUGGUGGUGCAAGCACUUGGGGCAGCAAUGCAACAAACGCCUUCGACGGGGAAACUGGAUUCGGAGCGGAAGAAACCUUUGAUGUCUUCUUGGGUAAACAGGCUACCGAAAAACCAAAGUUCGACAAAGAUUUGUCCUUGGAUUCCGACGAGGAGAAGGAUUUCACUGUUGUUAUAAAACCAAAGAUGAAUGACGUCGGUUUCGGUGGAGCUCUUCCAGUUUUGGCUCCUCCACCAGUACCAACGACCACCGCGUUCAGCGAUGCGUCGCGCAUCAAUCCUUUCGAUCAAAGUGAAUUCAUCGGCGUCACGACGUCUGUUUCCGACAUUGGAAUACCAUGUGGUGUAACCAGAACAGAUUCGCAAGAGUCGCCUGCAACGCCGCUGUUUGACGAUGAUGUUUCGCAGCCUUUGGAGCCGUUCCCGCGGUUGGACUUCAAAGAGGAAGGUUGGGAGAUGCAGUUGCGUCAGCCGAACAAAAAGAAGAUAACAGGGCAGAGAUUCUGGAAGAAGAUUUUCGUUCGUUUGGUAACCCAGCAGGAUUGUGUGCUCCUGCAGCUGUUUAACCAGCAAGCCGACAAAGAUCCUUUCCAGGAGUUACCUUUGCAGCCUUGCUAUUCUGUGUCGGAGAUCGGGGCGCAACAGUACGAUAAUUUCGGGAAGAUAUUCACGCUGAAACUGCAGUAUAUCUUCUACAAGGAGAGACCGGGCGUGCGGCCAGGUCAGGUGAAGAAAGCAGAACGCAUUACGAAUCGAUUGAGCCAGUUCGCUGCGUACGCCAUUCAAGGGGAUUACCAGGGUUGCAAGGAGUUUGGUAGCGAUCUGAAGAAGCUGGGGUUACCGGUGGAGCACGCUCCACAGGUCUCGCAGCUGAUGAAACUAGGUUCUUUGAAUUUUGAAGACCUAAAGCAGUUCAGCGUCUCCAUCGAGGAGGCUCUGUUUAAACUACAAGCUCAUCGUGACCGGGCACUGCACUACAAGAUGGAGGAAGUCCAAGUGACCGCCGUGGAUGAGCUCUACGUGGAGCAAGACGCUGAAGGACACAUCGACAAACAGAUUGCUAGGGUGCGCUUAUUCUUCCUGGGAUUCCUAACAGGAAUGCCGGACAUCGAGUUGGGCGUCAACGAUAUGAGGAGGCAGGGUAAGGAGGUUGUCGGCAGACAUGACAUUAUCCCUGUGGUGACGGAGGAGUGGAUCCGAUUGGAGGAGGUCGAAUUUCACAACUGCGUGCAGCAAGAUGAAUACAACGACACACACAUUAUAAAGUUCAAGCCACCGGACGCCUGCUACAUUGAAAUCCUACGGUUUCGCGUUCGCCCGCCGAAGAACCGCGAGUUGCCUCUCCAGUUGAAAGCACAAAUCUAUAUGGCAGGCAACAAGGUCGAACUGAGGGCGGACGUUCUUGUUCCGGGCUUCGCGUCCAGAAAAUUGGGGCAGGUGCCUUGCGAGGACGUCAUGAUACGGUUUCCGAUUCCGGAAUGCUGGAUUUACAUGUUCAGAGUUGAGAAGCACUUCAGAUACGGCUCAGUGAAAUCGGCACACAGAAGAACUGGAAAGAUUAAAGGUAUCGAGAGGAUUUUGGGAACUGUGGACACAUUGCAGGAGAGCCUGAUCGAGGUUACCUCAGGACAGGCGAAGUAUGAGCAUCAGCACAGAGCUAUAGUUUGGAGAUGUCCGAGGUUGCCGAAAGAAGGACAAGGAGCAUAUACUACUCACAACAUGGUCUGUCGGCUAUCGUUGACAAGCUAUGAUCAAAUGCCUGACCAGUUGGCAGAGUAUUGCUACGUAGAGUUCACGAUGCCCGCAACUCAGGUAAGUCAUACGACUGUGAGAAGCGUCAGCUUGCAGAACUCGGAUAGCGAUGAACCUCCGGAGAAAUACGUUCGAUAUUUGGCUCGACACGAAUACAGGGUUGGAAUAGAGCACACCGAGGGCGAAGGUCCCAACGCUUACGCCGCGGCCACCCAAAUCUCGAAACCGGCUCCUAUACCAGAGGAGAAGCCCAAGCCGAUUCCAGAAGCCGAAUCAAGUUCCGACAGCGAUUAGGUGCAUAAUCUUCCAGAAACCAAUUGAAUUCCUUAACAAAUUCCAUUGAAAGUAUUAUUAUCUAAAUGUAAGCAUAUAACGUAACCAUAAAGUAAUAAUCAAGUAUUACGGAUGAGCGUAGACGUGAUAGUUAAAAGUGUUUCGUCUUUUGUUGACUUGAUGCAAAUGUAACACUUGAACUUACUCGAAAUAACAUGUAAAACUAUUGAUUUAUUUAGGUUUAAUUACGAGCGUUGAAGAGAAUUUAAAAGAUUAGUUGAUGGCUGUUAAUAGCUUAGCUAAACGACUAUAAGCAUUGCGAAUGCUGCAAGAUCCUUUAGGUUUCGGUUCUGAAAUACUUCUAUCCUCCGGAUAAAGUGAUUUAAAGAAAAAACCUAAAGAUAUUAAUUGUAAGUGUAAUAUAUAAAAAAAAAAGAUAAGUAAUAAGUAGGAAAUGAACGGACAAUAUUGUAAUAGUGGAUAUUAUGCUUAAUGGAUACGUGUGUAGUAGCGUGUAAGGUCUAAUUUGGCAGUUUCGUGCCUCUAAACGGAACUUGGACAACACAUAAAUAAUUGUUAACACUAAUUGCUUGUCUAUAUCUGUAAUCCAUUGUAAGACGAUAUUAUCUGAUGAAUUAACGUUUAGAAAGUAUAUAGAGAUUAUUUGAAUAAGGUCGCCGCUCUGGGAAAUUGAUUAAACCAGUUCAGAUGCGUGUGCUUCAGACGAAUUUGGAACCAAUUUCCGGCCGUUAAACGAACCAACAAAAGCAAAAAAAAAACAUAAUUAAUAACAAACUAAUUAAAACAGCAAUUUAAUUGCUGUUCGCAUAUUUUAUUUUUAUAUUUAUUAAUUUGUAAACGAUCACGACCAUUCUAAAAACCAACUGCAACUAUAAGCGAGUACACACUAAUUCUAAUUUCAGGUGCUUUUCGUUUUUUCUACAUAUCAAUUGAAAAUUGGUGUCUGUUAGUUAUUUGAACUAUAUAUAUAUGUAUGUGUGUAUUAUAUUGAUUUAUAAAUUUAAAGCAUUCGAUGCAAACAAACCUAAAAAAAGGAGUUUCAUGCAGCUAGAACCAACCAAAGAUUAAAAAAAAUGUAUUUUAAUAACGUAUCGUCUAAGAAAAUAUAUGUAAGAAUCUGUAUAAUUGUAAAAAAAUGAUAUUUGAAGGCAACACUAAAAUAUAGUAGAAAGAAUGUGUUCGUUUUGGUUUAAAAAAAAAAAC